GAUGUGGUGGAACGGGAGCUUCGUGCCCUGGAUGUGCAUCCCACAAAUUUCCAUCAACUGCAAGAUGCUAUCCUAUCAAUAUAAUAGCAAAUAGCAUAGUAUGGUGUUUUUCAUCCCGGUCUUCGGAGAAUCCCAGACGGUCAGUGUUUUUGCACCCACUCAGCUCCCUGCCAGACGGUGCACAUUUUUGCUCCCUCUCAGCUCCCUACUGGCAGCAAAAACACAGACCAUCUGUGGGUCCUUGUGGACCGGGUUUAGAUACACUGACAUAGAAAUCUACAACAGGUGAUUUAAUAGGGCAGGAACCUGACCUGGAAUGUCCAAAGGUUGGAGGUUUGGUUGUCUUGUGACGUGGAAAGGCUGCUGUCCUGUUGUCUUACUGCUUUCCUGAACUGCAAAUAGCACUUUAGCCUGCUGCUGACUCCUCUGUCUCCGCUGAUGAAGGGCAUCAUUCUCACUUUCUGCUCUGCUCCAGUCGGGGUACUUUUCCAGCAUGUUCAGCGGGUCCUGGAAGGAGUCCACAAUGACGGUCAUCGAGCUGGAGAUUCCAGACCAGAACAUCGACACAGAAGCCCUGCAAGUGGCGUUCGGGUCUCUGUACCGCGACGAUGUUCUCAUCAAGCCCAGCCGGGUCGUCAGUAUCCUGGCCGCGGCCUGCAUGCUUCAGCUGGACAGUCUGAUCCAGCAGUGCGGAGAGACGAUGAAGGAGACCAUCAGUGCAAAGACUGUAUGUCAUUACCACUCCUCUGCCCGCUUGUACGGACUGGACUCUGUCACAAAGAAGUGUCAGGAAUGGCUCCUCAACAACCUAAUGACCCAGCAGAACGUGGACCUCAUGAAGGAGCUGAGCGUGACGCUGAUGGAGCAGCUAGUCCAGUCCUCCGAUCUCUUUGUCAUGCAAGUAGAGAUGGACGUCUACACAGCUCUUAAGAAGUGGGUAUUCCUCCAGCUCAGCCCAUCUUGGAGUGGGCCCAUCAAGCAGCUGCUGACUGACGCCGACACCUGGCUCUGCAAACGCCGGGCCGACCUGGGGGAGGAGGAAGCUUUCCUGAGCACCGAGGAGGGGGCCCCCUUUGUCCCCGUGUUCAGACGCGUACGGUUGCAGUACAUCAUCAACGACCUGACCUCAGCCCGCAUACUGGAGCGGGACAAUAUCCUGCCCCCAGAAUGGCUCUCUGCUACGUACAAACAGCAGUGGUUUGCCAUGCUGCGGACAGAACAUGACAGCGACCUGGGACCACAGGAGGCCAACAAAGAAGAGUUUGAGCUGAACAGCAUGAGGUGCGGCAGAAAACUGGCCAAAGAUGGAGACUACUGCUGGCGCUGGACGGGCUUCAGCUUCGGUUUCGACUUGCUGGUGACUUACACCAACCGCUUCAUUGUCUUCAAGAGGAAUACCCUGAGUCAGCCAUGUGGGGGCGCUGUGAGCCUGCAGCCCCGGCGCCACAUAGCCUACCGGCUGCGUCUGGCCUCAUUCGACACUAGCGGCAAACUGAUCUGCAGCCGCUCCACUGGCUACCAGCUGCUCACGCUGGAGAAAGACCAGGAGUAUGUGGUGAUGAACCUAGACAGUCGCUUGUUAACCUUCCCCCUCUACAUCUGCUGCAAUUUCCUCUACACCUCCCCCCCUUCAGCCAGCCAAUCAAGCAGCCCGGAGCCUGACAGCAGCGCCCGUGGUGUGUCUUGACCCCUCCCACCACUUCUGUCUGCACCGCCCCCUGGGCAUUCAUUGGCUGUCCUACAGCAGGUGACCUUGGAAAGGACAUUCAUUCACCGUCACACACAAUGACUGUCUGCUUUCACCGACGUGGUUACAGGAGAGAUUCAAUCCAACAAGCCUCUGGGGAUUCAAGGCUUCAAACCUGGCAGCUCUUUGUGGGUUCAUGCCACACUCUGGCUCUAAGGCUUUAAAUAACGUACACUAUAUCGCUAUUAAUUUGUAAUAACUAAUAACUUUAUGUUCAGUAUGAAUACAGCAGCUGUAAAUUGUGGUCAGCGUACAUACAUUUCGGGUUUGUAUAUUUACGCGGGUUUUAUUUUAUUAUUUUUUUAACCAAUAUAGCGAUAAUGUAUCCACAGA